ACCGGCACCGGGGACAGCGGCAGCGGGGACAACGGCAGGCGGCCGUCCCCCCUUACCGCCCGCUUCUCACCCGGGGGGGCCCUGGGCAGCCGCGCCCCACCUCCGGUCCCGGAGGGACAACGGCUCUCAGCACGCUGCUGCGCUGCUUCUUCCCCUGCGAGAGGCUGUGCGGGGGCUGCACCAUGCCCCCCGCACCCCCGCGGCCCCCCGGGGCUCUGCCACCCGCCGUGCCCCCCGCCCGCCGUCACCGGGUCCCCACCACCGCUCGUCUGCCUCCCCGGACCUUCCACAGCUACUUACCGCGCUCCCACCGCACCUACAGCUGCAUACACUGCCGUGCGCACCUGGCCAGGCACGAGGAGCUCAUCUCCAAGUCCUUCCAGGGCAGCCAUGGCCGUGCCUACCUGUUCAACUCGGUGGUUAACGUGGGCUGCGGCCCAGCCGAACAGCGCCUGCUGCUCACUGGGCUCCACUCUGUGGCUGACAUCUUCUGCGAGAGCUGCAAAACCACCCUGGGCUGGAAAUACGAGCAGGCAUUCGAGAGCAGCCAGAAGUACAAGGAGGGGAAGUUUAUCAUCGAGAUGUCACACAUGGUGAAGGAGAACGGCUGGGACUGAGCAGCAUGGCAGGGACACCACAGCGGCACCUACCCUGGCAGGCACCUGGCACUGGACUACUGACAUGGGCCCUCCCCACUUUGCUCUUCAGUGGGGGCACCCCAUGCCAGCCUGUGCCACCCGACGGGGUGGGGGCACGGGGCCCGUCACCAGCACACAGAGGCUGCGGGCAGCUUUUCUAGUGGAAUAAAAGCUUUUUGUAGGAA